UGGACGCUAGGCCACGGCCCCUGAGCCGGCCGUGUGGCUGGAGGACUGGCUGUCGGGGACCCGGGGAGUCGUCUCUUACCAGUGACGUGUGAUGUCCCAGCAAAUGGCAUUGCCCACCGCUGUGCCGAAAAGCUACUCCUGAGAUCCCAGCAGCGACACAGCUGACAUAGACUUGGUUUGCACCCUGCUGGCUAGACCCUGAACAGGAGUGAUGCCUCCAGGCAGGUGGUAUGCUGUCCAUCCAGCUCAGGCCCAGGCUUCAAGGAAACAGGGGCGUCUUCAGAUGGUCAAGAAGGAAGAAGAGGAUGAUGGCUACACUUCAGCUCAGGCUGCCAGGCCACAGACACUCAACCGUUCUGGCCAGGAGCUGUUCCGCCAGCUCUUCAGGCAGCUUCGCUACCAUGAAUCUUCUGGGCCCCUAGAGACUUUGAGCCGGCUCCGGGAGCUCUGCCGCUGGUGGCUGAGGCCUGACAUUCUCUCCAAGGCCCAGAUCCUGGAGCUGCUGGUGCUGGAGCAGUUCCUGAGCAUCUUGCCUGGAGAGCUGCGGACCUGGGUGCAGCUGCAUCACCCAGAGAGUGGUGGGGAGGCUGUGGCCCUGCUGGAAGAGCUGCAGAGGGACAUCGAUGGGUCACCAUGGAGGGACCCAGCCCUUGCCCAGAGCCCAGAUGUGCGUUGGAUGGGUACAGGAACCCUGCGAGCCUCACAGAUAUGGCCCCCUGCUUCACCUCUCAGGAGCAGCUCUACUCUUGGGGACCACCUGGAGCCUCCCUAUGAAAUAGGAGUGUGUGACUUCCUGGCUGGGCAAUCCGAGCCUCCUGUUGCCCAGGCUCCUGCUCUUUCCCAAAGAGAAGGGUGCCCAGGAGACCUGUUGACAGCCCAGCCUCAGGAGGCCAUGACUUUCAAGGACGUGGAAGUGAUCUUCUCCCAGGAUGAGUGGGGAUGGCUGGACCCUGCUCAGAGGAACUUGUAUAGGGAUGUGAUGCUGGAGAAUUAUGGGAACAUGGUUUCUCUGGUGGGGCCGUUCACCAAACCUGUUCUGAUUUCCUGGUUGGAGGCAAGGGAGCCAUGGGGCCUGAAUGUCCAAGGAGCUCAGCCUAAGGGGAAUCCAAGUGUUGCCCCUGCAGGAGGUGAGCUCCAGAUUAAAACAAACAAGUUCAUCUUAAAACAUGAACCUUUGGAAGAAGCAGAAACCUUUGCUGUGCCAUCAGAAUGUUGUGUGAUGAGGGUUUCUGAGGGAAUCGGGCUCAGAGAGUCUUUUGAAAAGAAGAGCAGGCUAAAGGAGCAAUGUGGGAACCCCAUACAAACAAGAGUUAAGAAGGAAGAGACCAAGCUCAGUCACAAGACUGGAAAAGAAUCUGAAGAGUCAGGAAGAAGUACUAGUCUUAAUUUAAAACAUGCUGCAUAUUUGAGAGUUCCCAGAAGAAAGCGAUCCCUUAAACAUGGCUGUGGCAGACGCUUCCGGGGGGGUUCCUACCACUAUGAUUACAAGGAAUACGGGAAAGGGCUCAGGUGCAUAGUUGGUGGGUUCAGCCUACAUCAGAGAAUUCAUGCUGGACUAAAAGGGAAUGCAAAGGAAUUAUGUGGAAAAGAUUUCAACCUUAGCCCACAUUGCCAGCGUGGGCAGAGUCUUCACAUGGUGGAGGCCCCACAUAAGUGUAGUGACUGUGGAAGAGUCUUCAGUCAGAGCUCUCAGCUUGCGUGUCAUCAGAGACUUCACACUCAAGAGAAACCAUUUAAAUGCAGGGUGUGUGGGAAAGCCUUCAGGUGGAGCUCAAACUGUGUGCGCCAAGAGAAGAUUCACACCGGGGUGAAACCUUAUAAAUGCAGUUUAUGUGACAAGGCUUUCAGACGCAUGUCUGCCUACCGUCUACACCAGGCAACCCAUGCUAAGCAGAAAUUUCUUGAGUCUAGGCAGUAUGAGGACACUCCCACCUGUGGCUCAGGAUUUGAUCAUCAUUCGAGAGACCAAAACAGGGAGAAGCUGUUUGACUGCAGUCAGUGCAGGAAAUCGUUCCACUGUAAAUCGUAUGUUGUUGAGCAUCAGAGGGUCCACACUCAGGAGAAACCUUAUAAAUGUACCAAAUGUAGAAAAACCUUUAGGUGGAGAUCAAACUUUACUCGUCAUUUGAGAAUGCACCAGGAAGAGAAGUUCUAUGAUCAAGACAAACGUAAGGACUUCAGACUGACCUCCAGCUGCAGUCAGCCCCAGGGUUCCCCUGCUCGGGAGAAAGCUUUUCCGUGUCAGCAGUGUGGGAAAACUUUCACUCGGAAGAAAUCUCUCAUAGAUCAUCAGAGAAUUCACACAGGUGAGAAGCCCUACAGAUGUAGUGAAUGUGAAAAAGAGUUUACCCAUCGGUCAGCCUUUAUUGCUCAUAAGAAGCAGCAUGCCAUUCAGAGAAAACCUGAGGAUGGGCCAUCUUUUAGUCAGGACAGAGUGCUCCCAGUUCCUCCGAGCAGCACAGAGGAAGCCUACAAAUGUAGCCAGUGUGGCAAAGCCUUCCGUAAUCACUCAUUCCUCCUCAUCCAUCAGAGAAUUCACACCAGAGAAAAGCCUUAUAAGUGCAGGGAAUGUGGGAAAGCUUUCAGGUGGAGUUCUAACCUCUCCCGACAUCAGAGGAUUCACUCUUUGGAAAAACAGUAUGAAUGCCAUGAAAGUGGAAACACUGCAAAUCUGCAGCCACAAAUCCUCGCUGAGGAGAAACCUUUUUGGUGCCAAGAAUGUGGGAAGACUUUUACACGUAAAAGAAGUCUUUUAGAUCAUAAGGGGAUACAUAGUGGAGAGAAGCGCUAUAAAUGUAAUCUGUGUGGGAAAUCUUACGAUAGAAAACAUCGCCUUGUUAAUCAUCAGAGAAUCCACACUAAAGAGAGACCUUUUAAAUGUCAGUGGUGUGGGAAGGAUUUCAUUGGAAGACAUACCCUCCGCAUUCAUCAAAGAAAACACACCAGAAUGGCACAGUCUGAAUGCAGCCUGGCUGGGUUAUCUUCCUGCCAGGACACCGGGGUGAGUUUACAGGAAUUAAAACCAAGUGGGGAGAAGCCACUUGAAGAUUCUGAGGAAGUUUGUGACCGGAGCUCCAGGCUCACUGGACUCCAGAACGUACCCAUUGGGAAAAAGUGCCACAAAUGUAGCACCUGUGGGAAAACUUUUAGCAAAAGCUCACAGCUCAUGAGCCACAAGAGAUUUCAUACCCGAGAGAGGCCCUUCAAAUGCAGAGAGUGUGGGAAGACCUUCAGGUGGUCUUCAAAUUUGGCUCGGCAUAUGAAAAACCAUGUUAGAGAUUAGCUUGCGGUCUGACAGUGGGGGGAGAGGGGUUCCUAGCUACCCUGCCAGAGAACCCUUGAUUGUGGGCAGUGUGGAGAAAACCUUCACAAAGGGUCCAGCCCUUUCUGUUUUUGAAGCUGGUGGCAAAGAAUCCUGAGAUCAAAGACCCAGGGCUUUCCCUUUCCCACUUGCUAGGGAAUGUGAUGCUGGGGAAGAACAGCAGCCGGUUCUUUGGGGCCCUUCUGGGGCAUGGGCCUCAGGAGUGGCCUUUGCACAGUGGCCUGGAGAUCCCCCAGUCUAAAGGCAGAUACCAUUGCCCUCUGUGGUUUGAUGAAACAUCUGUGCUGUGAUGGGCUGCUGGGAAGCGGCCAGUUGGAUCCUGUGGUGGUGCGUAUUCUAUCUGAUCUUACUAGUCUCAGCAGCAGCAGCAGCAGCAGCAAGAACUAGUCUCCCCAGUUGCCUCCUGGGAGUUCUGGCUGCAGCUUUGGGCCCCACACCUGGCUUUGGAUAUCUGCCAUGGGCAUACAGUUAUCUCAGGGGCACGUGGAAGAGAGCAGGGUUGGACUCGAUCACCUCGAGAAUGGGGCUCUUCCAGUGCCCCAUUGCUGUCUCCACCCACAGUCUGCAUGGGCAGCAAUGGGCCAUCUCUUCAACAGAAGUGUGCUGAGCACCUCCCAGAUGCCAGGCACUGUUUUGUGCUAGAGGCCCAGACAGCGACCGGAACAGACAAAAUUUCUGCUCUCUCGGAUCUUUACAGACUGUGAACAGUGAGAUACAUAGUACUUUGGAUGGUGAUAUGCGUUGACGACAGAAUGAAUCAGAGAAGAGUGUGAAGCAGUGCUGGAUUAGGAGGUGGGCUGCGAUUUUAAGUAGGCUAGUUAGGGAGGGCUUCAACUGAAGAGGUGGUACUUGGUUCAGCACAGGAGGUGGGAUCUUGUCUGGUGCUUGGAGAAUAGUAGGGAGGCCCUUGGGCUAAAGUAGAGUGAAUGAGCAGAAGACAGGGCCCCAGAGAGGUGGUGGGCCAGGCUGUGUGAGCUUCAGGGUCCCCCCCCCCCCCCCCCCCCCCCAGGACUGGAGCUGCCUCACAGCGAGCCACGGAGGUAGGGAGCUUUGGAACAGUUUUGGGUUUAGGAAUGAUGAACUAACAUUUACAAGGGUUAACCACAGACCCAAGGACUCCGUGAAAUUAUGUAGCUGAGAGGUUUUCAUGCAGUUAGUUGUCCCUGCUGCCAGUUUCCAUGAAAGGGAGUCUCCUCUCCCCUCAGAGGGUCUGAAUUUUCUACAAGACUCACAGCUCUCAACAACAAUUGUAAAUUGUUUAAGUAUUGCACUUGCAUCUGUAACUUGUGCGCACUACAGGGACCCUCUAACCUUCAGGUAGCCUUCUUUGCAUGUCAGAUCCGGUGCUGGCAUCAGGUUCAACCCAAAGGAACCAGUUCAAGUGACUGAAGCCCUCUGGAGAAAAGGUGGCCUGGUGGGAGAGGUCCCCCAUCUCAUUUGCCAGCCUGACUUAAACAGCAAGAAUCAGCUCAGUGGUGUGAUGGUAAAGGACUGAUUUUUCUAAAACUUACCUAAGUAGCCAUUGCUUCUGAUUAUUGAAGAGCUCACAGUAGGAAUAUGAGGAUAAAAUGACUCACUUGGUAGAGCUCCAUCUCAGCCUGGGUUUUACUGCUGUGAGCCGGGGUGCCCUGGUGGAGCAGGCCGUUUCUUGUAGUAAGAGGAAACCCACCUGGAAGGUGUGCUUUCAGGGGAGCCCAAGGAAUCUUACCCUUUCUGGAUUGCUGUGGGCAGGUGAAAAUGAAGCCUUCGAUACUUUGUGGUGAGGUCACGUGGAACAGGCAGGGAGGGGUGGGGAAGAAGGAGAAUCCGCAGACCCGUGUUUGCCUUCUGGUCCCCAUUCAGCUUUGCUCUCAGGAAGGUUUGGUCACUCUGGCUCUGCUGUUCUUUUCCUACAGCGGCAGCUGCCUCGGCCUGGAAUUGGGUGGCCCGUCACUGGCAUAGUAUCAGAAACUGGCUCUAGAAGUGGCUGGGCAGGGACCAGGUCCCAUGUGCUGAGGGCCCAGGGUCAUGGGAAGGGCCUUGGAGUUGCCAGAGCUGAGUUCAGGCUCAGUGUGACUUUUAUUGGCAGGAUGAUCCUGGACAAGUCACUGAACAUCCUGUGUGUAAAAUCCGCGUCACCAAGCCCCCUGAUUCCUAGGAUUGGCAAAAGAGGGCUUGGCGUGCGAGGCUCCGGGUUAGGCAGCUGAUCUCCAGACACAGAGCUCUCACAGAGCUGCAGCUCCAGGCAGUUUCAGCUUCAAAUUGGCUGGUGCUGCAACCAAGGAGACACCCCUUUUCUGUUCCUGUUUCACUGACCCCCCGACUCCUUGUGCCACUGUCACCUCAGAGGGUUCGUGCCCCAAUAGGGGUUUUCUACUGCCAUUUUUAUAAAGUGAGAUAUACUUAUUUUUAAACAUUCACACCAGAUUUUCAAAUGUACAAAGAAGUAAAAAAUCAACAGAAAUCCCUGUAUGUUGAGGUAAGUCUUUAAUAUCCUGGGAUUGUGCUGAUGGAGUCUGUUCAAUAACCUGAAUUUUUAAAUAAUAUUAAUUAUAUGAGUAAGACAUUAUUUUUCUAGAAUGAUUAGUAAAUACAGAUGAGCUAAAAGGAAAAGGAGAAAAGUCUCACUACUUAGAGCUACCGACUAAACAUUUUGGUGUAAUCAGUGUAAUCAGAAGUUCAGGUGUAAACCCUUGAAACCCCUGGGACUGGCCUGCAUUGUGCUGCCCCCUUUCACCACAAGUGUAGACCCUAUCCAUGCUGGCCCAGGCCCUCACCCUUCAAGGCCUGGCCCUCCCUACCCCUCAGCCAUCUAAGGCCUCUCCCCUGGUCCCACCUCCCCUGGUGCCUGGAUCUUACUCUGUGAGGUGUUGCCCACGUUUCCAAGAGUUAUUGUCAUUGCAGCCAGACAGGGCACUCUGGAGGCUGGGGUUGGGUACUUAUAUCUGCUUGCUGUGCCGAGGAAAUUCUGUACAAAAUUACCUCUGUUAAGGAAUAUGGGACUGAAUUUAGUUCGGCUAAGUCAGAAUUGAAAUGGGUUUUUUUUUCUUUUAAUGUUUCAUUUUUAUUUUUGAGAGAGAGAGAGAGAGACAGCAUGAGCAGGGGA